UACACAUACAAUUUGAAAGGGUUCAAAAAAGCUUUUUUUAUUUAUUUACUUUUACCUUUUCUUCUUUAACCCUACCCACUUUUAUAAACAUUUUUUCUUGAGGCGCGACUUCUCUACGAACGCACCUCUUUUCAAAACGUUUGCAAAUCUCCUUUCUUCCACCCAUAACCCACACAAAGGCUAUCAGCGGUGCAGUGAUCGUCCCAAAAAAAGUACUUAAUACUAUGUCUCCCCCCAACGCCGAUAUCUUUGCCACUACCACUACUGGUAGUACCCUUCCUUCUCCCUUGUUCAAGGUCAACUCUCCCAAUGUCCAGUACACUGAUGAGCAUAUUUUGAGCAAGUACUCUUACUACAAUACUUUAGUUACUAAAGAAUCUGACGGUUCUUUGGUUGCUACUCCUACCGAAACCACUUAUGAAUUCAAGACUGAACGCGCUGUUCCUCGUGUUGGUGUCAUGAUGGUCGGAUGGGGUGGUAACAAUGGUUCCACUUUGACUGCCUCUAUUCUUGCUCACAAGAAUAAGCUCACUUGGCGUUCAAAGGCUGGUGUCCAUAAGCCUAAUUAUUUCGGUUCUGUCACCCAAUCAUCUACUGUUCGUUUAGGUACCGAUUCUGAAGGUGCUGAUGUUCAUGUCCCUUUGAAUCAAAUGUUGCCUAUGGUUAACCCCACUGAUAUGGUUAUUGGUGGUUGGGAUAUCUCUGGUAAGAACUUAGCCGAAUCCAUGGAACGUGCCAAGGUUCUCGAAUACGAUCUCCAACGUCAAGUUAGCGAAGAAAUGUCCAAGAUGACCCCUCUUCCCUCUAUUUACUACCCCGAUUUCAUUGCUGCCAAUCAAGAAGACCGCGCCGAUAACCUUAUUCCCGGUGAUAACAAGCGCGCCCAUGUUGAACAAAUCCGUAAAGAUAUUCGUGAUUUCAAGGCUGCUAAUGGUCUCGAUAAGGUUAUGGUAAUGUGGACUGCCAACACUGAACGUUUCGCUGAAUUAAUUGAUGGUGUGAACGAUACUGCUGAUAACUUUUUGGCUGCUGUUGAGGCUUCUCAUGAGGAGGUUGCUCCAUCUUCUAUUUUUGCUCUCGCCUGUAUUGAAGAAGGUGCUCCUUUCAUCAACGGUUCUCCUCAAAACACUUUUGUCCCUGGUUUGAUCCAAUUAGCUGAGCGCCAUAAGGCCUUUAUUGGUGGUGAUGAUUUCAAGUCUGGUCAAACUAAGAUGAAGUCUGCCCUCGUUGAUUUCCUUGUCAAUGCCGGUAUUAAGCCUAUUGCAAUCACCUCUUAUAACCAUUUGGGUAACAAUGAUGGUAAGAAUUUAUCUUCUCAGCGUCAAUUCAGAUCCAAGGAGAUCUCCAAGUCUACUGUUGUUGAUGAUAUGGUUGCUUCCAACCAUUUGCUUUACGGUAAGGAUGAGCAUCCCGAUCACACUGUUGUUAUCAAGUAUGUUCCCUCCGUUGGUGAUUCUAAGCGUGCUCUUGAUGAAUAUGAGUGUGAAAUCUUCAUGGGUGGCCGUCAAUCUAUUUCCAUGUAUAACAUUUGUGAGGAUUCUCUUUUGGCCUCUCCUUUGAUUAUUGAUUUGGUAAUCAUGACCGAAUUAAUGACUCGUCUUCAAUACAAGACUACUGAGAUGACCAAGUUCAGCACUUUCCACAGUGUCCUUUCCAUCUUGUCUUACAUGCUUAAGGCCCCCAUGGUCUCUCCCGGUACUCCCGUUGUCAACGCUUUGUCCAGACAACGUACUGCUAUUGAAAACAUCUUCAGAGCUGCUGUCGGUUUGACUGCCAACAAUGAAAUGGGUUUGGAACACAAGAUCUGGUAAAAAAAAAAUACAACGGUCUUUUAAAUAAAAUUUCAACACGGAAAAUGUGUUUAUUUUUGUCAUUCUAGAA